AUGUCACCAGGCGAAGGUGCCGUUGGCACCUACGAGAGAUGCGAUUUUGAUGACGGGGUGGCGUUGCAGAAACGAGAGCGGAGGAAAACACCUAAAGGAGGAAAAUAUCUGUUGGGGGAGAGUUAUUGGGGGCCGCCUCACCCGAUUUCACCCCUGGCAGUGCUGUCCCUCCUUGUCUCGCCUCCGGAACGAGCUGUUGCGCUGCUCUACGUGCUUCUGGCCCUCACCUUCGUGCUCUUCAUGGCUCUCACCAUCAUGAAUCUCCGGAGAGUAUCGGCGGCACGGGAGGCGUUGGAGGAAGCCCAGGCGCGGAGCAAGAACAGCCACGUGACGGCAUGGCACAACCUCUCGGAGGUCCAGCGCACCCUCGAUAAACAGCUCUCUGGCGAGCUCAAGGCGAUUCAUGGCCAACUUCUGAACGUGUCACAAGAAGUGGAGAACAUGCGGUGGAAGAUGAUGCAGUGCAAAUUGGAGCGCGAGAAGGAGCUGUCGGAUCGCCUCCGCGCCCUGGAAAUCCUCUGCACGAGUUGUCCCGAUGGCUGGCAGCAGUUCGCCAAGACCUGCUAUUUCUUCUCCAACACCAGCAAACCCUGGCCGGCUGCUAAAGAUUCCUGCGCCGACUUCAACGCCCAUCUGGCCGUCAUCGACACCGAGCAGGAAAACAAAUUCUUGGCAAAUCAAAUCAUGGACACUCGUGUGUUCUGGCUGGGCCUGACCGACACGCACAAAGAAGGCGACUGGCAGUGGGUGGACGGCCGCUCCCUCACUCUCUC